AUGCCCUCCGAUCCAGUUGGUGUGAAGGGUUGUCUAACGCUCCCCCUGCCUGUCGAGGCGUCGCUUCUACAGGGGUCUCGGCAUCAGCCAAAGACAUCGAGUGUCUCUGCGGCACUUCUGCUCGACGCCGACCAAGAGUCAUCAGAGCCGCCGCGAGGGGUGACGAAGGAACAGCUCGCUGCAGUGGCAGCCGACGCACGGCAGCAGCUCGGACAGCCGACCUAUGUCACCCUGACAGCCCGACAAAUCGCGGCGGAGCAGCGCUGGCAACAGUCGCACAGUUACGAUCGCAUUGUGCAGAACCUGCACGAGCGACUAGGGGUGGUGACGCCAAAGCCGCUGGAGGUGGUUGCGGAUGUAACGGACAAGGCCAUCGCGCUGCGACGGGCCGAGAUGGCGGAAAUGGUGGCGCGGCUGCGUCGCCUGAUUUUGGAGGCCAACAUCGCAGGCGUUCCCAUCAUACCGGCCGCCUCCCUCGGCGCCUCUGGCACCCCGUGCCCGCCGUGCCAGUACUGCAUCGAGCUAACGUCAGAGGAAACCAUCAAGAAGUACUUGAUCGCAGCGCUGCAGGUGAUUGUGUCGGAGCGGGUGGUGGUGCCCAUGGCCGGUCGGCAUGGGCCUACUUCGGUGAUGAGCAACGACCUCUCCGGUGGCGCGGCGACGCUGGACUCCUUCCGGGCCCACAAAAGCCGUGCACACAGACGGCCGGCGGAGGCAGUGGCCCCGGCGCGGUUCUCAGUGCCGCGGUGCUUCCGUGUAGAGCUGGUCCCGCUUGGCUUACAGAAGGUGUCUCUUCACGUCUCGGUGCACGACAACCUCGCUGAACACUUUUUCAAGGCUCACGCGCGGCAGCAGGAACAUCCCUUCUCCUUUGCUAUUGAUCCACCGUUUCCGAGGGAGUGGGCGGAGUGGACGGACGCGCACCGGCAGCGGCUGUUGCACCGCGUUCUUGUCGACCUCCUGCACGGCGGCGCCACCCCGGCUGUUCCAGUCGCCCUCAAGACGGUCGCGCUCUUUCCUGCUCACGUCGACAUCAUCCGCGACGCACUUUGGAGCUCCGUCUGGUCCGCCCGCUCUCUGAAGGGGUGGCUGACCAUUUCCGAGGAUGCCGUCGCCAGUUACCUAGGCGAGGAGGUCAUGUUCUACUACGCAUGGAUGAACCACUACGCGCGGUGGCUGCUGGGGACGGGUCUACUUGGGGUGUUGGUGUCUAUGUUGAGCUCCCUACGACUGGCAUCUGACGCCGCCAUGGCGGCGGUGCCGGACAAGGUCGUAAGGUCUGCAGGCACCACACUUGUGCUCGCCCCGGCCGCCUCUUCCUCAAUGACUCUUCGCCGCACUGUGCAAUAUUGCCCGGACGUGGCGCUACUGCCACUCGGCAACGCGUUCAUGGUCAUUGCCAGUGUCCUGUGCAUCAAGAUGUGGGAGCGGCGCUGCAGUGUGUUGUGCAUGAAGUACCACCUUUUCCAGCAAGAGGAGGACGAGCUGAAACACGACUCCCGCGGCACGCCAGGGGCAAAUUCUCUGACUGGCGAGUCGCAGCUGUGCCACCCGACAAAGUAUCAGGCGAUGCUGCCGCAGUCGCUCACCUGGGGCGUUGUUGCCCUCUUUAUGGCCGGCUCCCUGGGUCUUAUGGUGUGCUCGCUCAACCUCGACGGGAUGGUCAGCGACCCGGCGAGUCGUCUGGCGAUACCGUCUCUGCGUCGACUCGCGGCGGACGGCGGCCUGCUGGAUAAAACGGUGCACCCCAUCGCGGCGCUGUUUCCAUCACUGGUGUACUCGGUGUGCAUUGCCGCGCUGAGCUUCACCUUCAAGAACCUGGCCAAGCACCGGAUGCGCAUAGAGAACUAUCGCGACCGUGGCGAGUAUGUGCGCGCCCUGACGCUGAAACGCGUCGCCUUUGAGCUCUUCAACUCGUACGGAAAGUUGCUCUUCAUUGUCUUUGGACGCGGCAGCAUCUCAGAGCUGGCCUCUCAGCUUCAAAUCAUUUUCUACGUUGCAGCUGUCAGUCGAAUGAUGAGUGACACGAUCGUCCCGCUCGUCGUGACGCAUCGCCGCCGCGUUGUGUGCCGCCUUUUCCGCACCGGCAGCGUCGAGCCCUCAUCACGGCCGUCUCACACGUCGCAGUUCACUCCCGUCUCCCUCCCGCUUAGCGCGCAGGGCGGCAGUAGCGACUCGCCGCUGAACGAGGUGGAUGAGAUGCCGGACCUGUGUGACAUCUACAUGGACUUCAUCGAGGUACUGAUUCAGUUCGGGUUCAUCCUACUCUUUGCGGCUGCCUACCCCCUCGUGUCCUUCGUGGCGCUGCUAUCGAACAUCAUUAAGGUUCGCUCCCACCUGUUCACGAUGUGCUACGUCAUGCGCCGGCCGGUGCCGCGACUUGGGGUGCAACAGAACACGACGUGGUGCGGCAUCAUGCGCGGCUUUGCCAUUGCCGCCGUCAUCAUAAACACAUUUCUGCUCGCCCUCAUGUCCAACCACACGCCGGUGUGGUGGCUCCCCAAGCACUUCACCACGAUCAGCACACUAGGCAGCCAACGCACCAGCGACAAGUUGAGGAUGAGGGGCAGUGGUAGCACGGCAGCGGUCGUGAAUCUGAAUCGCAGCGUGAACCCCCCCGUGAGGGGGCUAGAGACGAUGCCGGGGAAGGGGCGCAUCGUCGCCUUCGACUCCAUAACGAUAGAGCACGUGAUGUGCCUGAUCGCCAUCUUCCUGCUUUGGUGCAUCCCGUCGACGCCGCGCGAGGUGCGCUACUACAAAACAGGCAAACUGCGCGAGCGCAUGACACUGCAGUAG